GGCGGCGUGGAGCCGCAUUUAAAGCGCUCAGGGAUGCGCUGAUGCAGUGAGUCGCUCCGCACUGCACUGAACGCUCGCGCUGGAUUUCUCAAAACACUGAGGAGUAUCUAGGAAGGGGCUUUCGGAUUUAGAGCGAUGGAAAACUCGACUGUCAACAGCCGGUUCAGGACUGUGCUCUUCGGCCACGCGGACGAUGAGAUGGCAGAGUGUACAGUAGCCCCAGUAGCGAUGGAGGACAGUGACCGUGAGGUCGACUCGGCAUCAGAUGAGCAGGACUCUGUGCCAACGUCACCUGAGCCCAGGAUGCAUGAAGUGGAAAAGCACUUCCCUAAGGAAGACUCGGAGGACUCGGAGCUGGAGCACAUCAUGGGACAUCACCCGCCCAGAGAGGGCCACCCGUUCGCCCACCCUGGGCCCCAUAAGGCCGAUAGUGAGGGUGAGGCUCACAGCAGGCCUCACACCCCAGGAACACCUACCUUCCUGAGGCCCGCGGCGGCACCCAGGGGCCCCGGAGAGUUAGAGCACGGGGCUCAGCGGGGCCAUGUGGACUUUAGCCUGCCGUCUCCCAUCAGCCCAUCCAGGCCUAAAAGUCCCUGGGGUCGCUUUGACCCCUAUGAAUCUGUUGAGGACCAGGACAAGGAAUAUGUGGGAUUUGCUACUUUGCCAAAUCAGGUUCACCGCAAAUCUGUGAAGAAGGGCUUUGACUUCACUUUAAUGGUAGCAGGAGAGUCAGGUUUAGGAAAGUCCACUCUGGUCAACAGUCUGUUCCUUACAGAUCUCUACAAAGACCGAAAACUGCUCAAUGCUGAAGAGAGGAUCACUCAGACAGUGGAGAUCACCAAACACACAGUGGACAUUGAGGAGAAGGGCGUCAAACUGAAGCUCACUAUCGUGGACACACCAGGAUUCGGGGAUGCUGUCAAUAACACUGAAUGCUGGAAGUCAGUGGCAGACUACAUAGACCAACAGUUUGAGCAGUACUUCAGAGAUGAGAGCGGACUGAACCGCAAGAACAUUCAGGAUAACCGAGUGCACUGCUGUCUCUACUUCAUUUCACCCUUCGGUCACGGUUUAAGGCCUCUGGACGUGGAGUUUAUGAAGGCUCUUCAUGAGAAGGUCAACAUUGUUCCUGUACUAGCUAAAGCUGACACACUCACACCAAUGGAGGUCAAGAAAAAGAAAAUCAAGAUUCGAGAGGAGAUCGAACAAUACGGAAUAAAGAUCUACCAGUUUCCAGACUGUGAUUCAGAUGAGGAUGAGGACUUCAAACAGCAAGACCAAGAGCUCAAGGACAGCAUUCCCUUCGCUGUGAUCGGCAGUAACACAGUAGUGGAAGCGAAAGGCAAGAGGGUUCGAGGACGUCUGUACCCUUGGGGUAUUGUAGAAGUGGAGAACCCAGCACACUGUGACUUCGUGAAGUUGAGGAACAUGUUGGUACGAACACACAUGCAAGAUCUGAAGGAUGUGACCCGGGAAACCCACUACGAGAACUACAGAGCCCAAUGCAUCCAGAGUAUGACCCGCAUGGUGGUGAAAGAACGCAACCGCAACAAACUGACCAGGGAGAGCGGCACCGACUUCCCCAUUCCCAUGGUGCCCAGCGUCACUGACGAGACGGAGAAGCUCAUCCGAGAGAAAGACGAGGAGUUGAGACGAAUGCAGGAAAUGCUGCAGAAGAUCCAGGAGCAGAUGCACACGCAGAAAGAGGCGUAUUAACGGCGCCGUGCUCUCCACCGGCACCUUCACAUUACCGCGGUAUCACUGAACACGCUAGACCCGGCUGAGUGUGCCGUCCAUGUCAGAACAGAGCAGUCUUUCACUACAAACAUCUCACUAACACAUGUCUGGGUCACAUUUCAGGAUAAUAAUAAUAACAACAAAAAAUAAUAAAUUCUUUGAUUUUUGAGGUGAAAUUUCACCCAGACAUGUUGAUAUGAAUAAAGGUUCAUUAUUGGCAUUGAUGGUUCCAUGAAGGUUCUUUUGGAAGGGUUCUUCUAUGACAAAAACCUUUAUUCUGUACUAGGUUAUUGUUGUUAUUCGGUAUAACUGUUCUUGGCGCUCAUGUGAAGGCGUCUGGUUUAGGGGCGGUGAAGACAACAGCCCUUUAACCACUUUGCUUGUUGUCCAAUAUGUGUUUCUACCCCAAGAUUGUUUUAUAAUUGCUCGAUAUCGUAGGAUAGACACGAUGGAAUUAUUUAAUUUUUUUUUUUUUCUACAAUGUGUAACUUUAUUUUGUACAAUGUUCAUUAAUUGCAUCGGUUGUUAUGUAUGUCUUUGGUUUUGUUUGCAUUUCUAUACAAAACUGCAAAAUGGCUUCUUUUAGAAAGUUUCUAAAUGAAAAAAAAAAAAAUUGUUUUAUUUUCUUAUUGGAGAAAUAAAGUACUGUAGAGAGAUAUUUUUGUUAACACGGCUAACACAUAUUGUUUCUCCUCUGGAUAAAAUGUUCCUGGCCUUGAACUCAUUCCACAAGUGCAUGUUUAAAGAAGAAACGCCUGAAUCUGUGCUCUUGGUGCGAUCAUGUAAUGUCAGAAACACGGUUUAGUGAUACUCGGUUUCUGAGCAGUAAAAACAUUGAUGUCUUUGUCACAAGUUGAAGAUCUUUGACGGCUGGUGGUCAUGUGAUCUGCUCAGAAGAGAUCUCAAAACAGACAUUCUGACAAAACAUGAAUGAACCAAUAUGCUUCUGCUGUUUCAGUUGUGGUAAGGGUGCUCAUUGUAAUAUCUGUGUUAUAGACAUGGUGUUACAGUCCAUAGAAAUAAAUUAUGUUUCUCCUGCAUCAUAUAUAUAUUUUCUUGGGUAAUGUUGGUGAAACAAAGAACACUAAUAAUAGAGUGUCGAGAAAGAAAAAAAACCCUUGAAAUAGAGUGUUGGGUCAGAGGUGAAUAAACCCAUUUACUAUGGCUUA